GCCAUAAAACUCUUGAAGAAGAAGAAGAAGAAGAAGAAGAAGAGGAAGGUGGCAAUAAUGCACAGUAACUGUAAGUAGCGAUCCGGCAUUCAUUUUAAAUAGAAGAAGAAACAAGAGAGAAUAAUUAUUCCUGGAGCAAAAACUCCACAUGAACUCUACAUGACAUACAACUUAAGUGAUCCAGAACCUGCAGAAUGAAAGAUAUGGAGGAACAAACAGGUCUUUUGGAACUAAAUAAACUGGAGGAGAAAAACCAUCAGUAUCAGAAACAUAAUCAUUUCACAACUGGAGAAAAAUAUUUUAGUUGCUCGAAGACUGAACAGAAAUUCACAGAAAAACGUGCUCAAAGAGCACGAGCCAAAACAACUUUCACCUGCCCUCAGUGUGGGAAAAGUUCAAAACGAAAAGGAGAUUUUAUAAAACACGUAAGAAUCCACACUGGAGAGAAGCCUUUCACAUGCACUGAGUGUGGAAAGAGCUUCACGCUUAAGGCAAAUCUUAAAGAUCACGUAAGAAUCCACACUGGAGAGAGGCCUUUUACGUGUCCUCAGUGUGGAAAGAGCUUCAAAUUUCAAGGAAACCUUAAGGAUCACAUACGAAUUCACACGGGAGAAAAAUCUCACAAGUGCUUAUGUUGUGGAAAGAACUUCAGUCGAUCAGGAAGCCUGAAAACACACGAGCGAGUGCAUACUGGAGAGAAGCCAUAUCACUGCACUUCAUGUGGGAGGCGUUUCACCAACGCAGGUGGUUUAAGGGUUCAUAAGAAAAGAAGUUGCCCAAUGGUGUAUCCGCAGCUAAGCACCUCGUCUGGCCAACAGCUUUAAGUGAAAAGUUUGAUAUCCAGAUAAACCAAAGGAUGGAUCAAGAAUCAUAAGACAAAGUCUACUAACUGAAAUGAAGAAGAAGGCUUUCCAAACAAACAGUGAAGUUACUCUCGAGUUCUAACAGGGUGUUAACAUUGUAUUCAACUUUCUACAAUAAAAAAAUGUGGAUUGAAUUAACUUCAUGCUAAUACGUUCCACGAAACUGAGUUCUGUAGAAAAAAAAACACGGUUUACUCUGUGACACGGUUUAAAAGUGCACUCUGUGAUCUUUGAUCAUUUCUAAAUAUUUAAACAGAAAGAAAUGGUAACAGUAGAACAGUGUUUAUGAAAGUUUUCAUGCCUUUCAUGCACUUUUUUCAGAAUCUGGUCUUUUCUCUUAGAUGGCUUGUUUUCAAAGGUGUAGGCUAAACUAAACACAACUCUUUUUUUUUUUUUUCAAUACAGUUGAGCACAUUUACAUGCACAUUCUUACACCGAUUAUGAUUAAUAAGCCGACAACGCUUGUGGUCGUGUAAAUGCAAUAAACGGCAUUCCUUUAGGUCAUAAAUGGUGUGAGAUUAAACCGAUUGAUAAGGGUACAUUUUUGCCCAUUAUGCUGAUUUCGUGUGGCUUGUAAACACCUUUACCUGUGUUCUCACCGGCUUAUCCAAUGUAUGCACACGUUGAGCACAUGUCUCUUCAACAUUUGACGUCAAAAGUAGAGAAUAAUGAAAUUAUUUCAAAUCUCAUGUAAACAUGGUUUCCUUGCUUCGUCAGUCUUUUUAAAUAAGCUUAUGUUUUGGAGUAUUCAGCUGACUGGUGUGCAUGUAAACAUGCUCAUUAAUUCAAUAUUAACGUACAAACAUGACUGCAUUAUUUAGUUUAAACUUAAUUUAAGUUUUUUUAUAUUUUCAUUGUUUUGAGUGAAACUCUCAGCUCCGUAUUGCAAGUUAAAUAGUCAAUUCGAUUCUAAUUUAAUUCGAUUCUAAUCUUGAAUUGUCACAAUCUGGAUUUGGAAAAAAAUAAACCCAAGAUGAGAAGAUGAAAUGGAUUAAAACAAAAACCCAUUAUAUCCAUGUAGAACUUGUAAAACAUAUCUGUGUGGCUGUGACUCUUGUAUUGUCAGUUCUAUCCUCAGAAUAACUUUGUAUGAGUUUCUAAAAGAAAUUAGGACACAAGUUUUACCGUGCCACAGAUUUAGCUCUAGAUGGUGCUGUUUGAACUUCUAAACUCCAUUUCUAGAAUCAUGUAACAGUUUUAAAUCUGAUUGUUAUUAGGCUGUGAGUACAUUAAUUAUGUUAUUGCUGGGUUGAAAUGUAAAUCUAAAAACUAAUAUAAGACAUUGGUGUGUUUGGUUUAAUCAGUUUCCAGCUAUGGGCAGUGUGCAGUUGGUGAUCUUACUCCAUAUGUUGACUUUGAUUGUACAUGAUUAGAGAGCGUCAGUCUCUGUUUCAUUUACUGUAAUUGAGUGUUAAAUGUGUCAUGUGGAUUCCUGCAGUGAAUAAUUUAUUCCCCUUCCCUUAGACAGUUAAAAGUAAUUGAUUAUAAAUAUUUGUAUGAUCUAGUUUGGUGAUGGGCAACAGUUCACACAAACCUCAGUUCAGAAACAUGACAACAAGCAGCAUUUCAGAUAAAAUAAAAAAAAAAAAACAAAAAAAAAACAACUGGUUUAACUUAAAUAGUAUGAAUGACUACUUUAUAUAAAAUAACAACUCUCAUCUUGAAUGUGCUUGCUCACCACAACAUUAAUUUGAUGUUUGUCAUUAUACAGAGCCCUGAAGACUUUUAAAAGCUUUAAUAACUCUGUUAACCCUCCUAUGGUAUUCGGACAUUUUUGACCGAAAUUUUUUUUCCUCCUUUAAUAAAAGUGGUUUCCUUUAUCUGAGCAGUACAAGACUCUGUGAAAAAAAAAUAAAAAAUUGGGCUUGAUUUGAUAAGUGGUUGUAAAAAAAAAGGACACCUUUGUUAUUUGCGGUCAAAAUUGACCGACCAUUGAAAAUGAAUGGGAAAGACCAUAUAACAAGUCUUUUUUUUUUUUUUUUUUUGAUCUGUUAAAUACAAUCAAUAAACAAAAAAAAAAAACAGACAGAAAUUACAGGGUGAUACUCUAGUGCAAAACACACACACACACACACACACACACAAAAUAAUGAACUGGUGAGACUAUAACACAGAACAUUUUUUUUAUUUUACAUUUGUCAAAAAAAAAAUCAUUCAUAAUGCUAAACACACACUCAGAAAUGAAGGGGUGAGACAAUUACACACUCACAAUGCAGAAGACACACACACACACACACACACACACACACACACACAGUACUAGGUCAUCAGUAGUGGAGCUCUACGGCCAUCUUUUGGUCAUUGUUGGCGUGACAAGUUAUUUGUUGUUUUCCAGCUGAUGACAGCAAUCUGACACAAACGCAUACACAUGUUUGCAAAAUAAAGUUUGAAAUUGCAAAAUGUUUACUCUGAUUCUUUUGUUUUAUACUCUAAUUGAAUUUUCUGAAUUUUUCAGUUCAUUUCUGUUUCUUGAUGUUCAUUUUCUUGACAUUAUUAUGCAUUUACUUUGAGUUAAUACAUUUUUAUGUUUGAAAUAAAUUAUUGGUAGAAAAAUGCUUAUUCUGUGUCUUCUCUUUGUA